GAAAACCAACCAAGUUGACGUUAGCCGCGGCUAGCUUAGCUUAGCUAUGAUAUCCUAAAGCAGUAGGAACUUUAUGCCCCUAUUAAAAUAGCUAAAUAGUACUUUUCGCAGUCUUUGGGCGAACCCAGUUAAAUGGUUUAUGAGAAUGCACAGACAUGGGUGACAUGAAGACCCCAGAUUUUGAUGAUCUUCUGGCAGCUUUUGAUAUCCCAGAUGCCCCCGGACUGGAUUCUAAGGAACCCAUCCAGGGAAGCCAAGAGGAGAUAGAUAGUCAUCUAAAAAACUCAGUAAUGUGUCUGGAUGAGGGCUUACUCAGUAACUCUGCUGUCACUGGAGCAGAUAUUCCUCUAGUUAGUGUUAUUGUGAAAAACACAAGUCGCCAAGAGUCAUUGGAAGAUCUCAGCGAUCAGCUUCAUUUAGCACCAGCUUUGCAGAAUGGAUUCAAGGGAGAAGAGGCCUGUGUUAAGCCUGUGGAGCCCACUAGCCCAGAUCUUUCCUGUUCAUUUAAGGCUGGUUUGAAUGGAGAGGGCCCAAGAGAGCUUUGUGGAGAAACCCUACUUCAUCAGAAACCUGAAGAAGCACCAGGAUUAUCUCCAUCACUUUCCCAUUUUAGUCCCGUCUCCACUCCAGAGAAAGACAAGGUGUGUAGCAAAGACAAAAAGGUUUCAAAAGCAGAUAGGUUCUGUUUUCCCGAAGCUCGGGUUUUGCUUGAACCUUUGGUUCCAGGCAGAGAACAAAAAUCAAAUCUUUGCUUGUUUGAUGCAUCUCCCAGGAACACUCAAGAAUCCACAACAGAAAACAGAAGAAGUAAUAAUCUCUCUGAUAUCCGUGUCAGCAGUCAAACACCAAUUCCCUCCGUAAGCAGUGACAAGAGCUUCAUAGAGACAGGAUGCAAAUCUGAAAACACAGCCAGUGUCGCUGCCUCUAAUACUUCUGAGAAGUCUGAAGUUCCCUUCUCUAAUGAGGCCCCAGUUGAUCCAAAUGCUAAAAAGGAACCCGAAGGGGAAAAUAAUCCUAAAGAAUCACCAGCAUUUCACAGUGAUUGUGUCAAAGAUAGAAACAUGGCACCUAUAUCCCCAAGAAGCCCUAGAAGUCCAACUGAAACAGUAAAACGGUUAAUGAAACCCUCUGAUAGCCCUGUAAGCAUCUGUAGUGACAGCAGCGGUAAAACAUCCCCUGCGGUGGCGCCUGUGUCGUCCCCAGCAAUACCCAGAGUCAGGAUCAAGACGAUUAAAACCACUACUGGUCAGAUCAAACGCACGGUCACCAGCGUGCUGCCCGACUCAGAAACCGACGACAUUCAUUCUGCUUAUGAAUCCUCCCCGUCGCAGAGCAUGAUCAGCGAAGAUUCAUACUCUGUGUCCCCUCGUCAGUCUCAAGCUGUCGAUUGUAGUCCUGGGACUAACCCAGCAUGCACAUCUUCACCGAAAACACUCAGAGGGCCUGAGGAAAAGCCAAGACGCUUUAGGAAGGAGUCCCAAGGCGGCGGUCGUGCCGUUAAGCGGUCUGCUGGCCACAAAGCACAGAAAGUAAAAAGGGCGUCAUGUGCAACAGGUCAUACAUCCAAUACAAGCUUCCUUCCUAAAGCGAUGCACCUAGCUAGUCUGAACCUGGUCCCUCAUAGCGUGGCUGCCUCUGUAGCUGCCCGGCCCUCAUCCCAUCAGCAGAGUCCACACAUCCUUUCCUCUGCAGUGUGCAGCUCCGUCCCUCUGGUUCAUCAGGUGAAAGCAGCCAACCCUUUGCCCCGUUCGUCUGUUCCGAACACAGCAGCAGGAACUCUAAACAGGCUUUUAACCAGUGCCAACCCAGUGCCUAUAUACGUGCCUAACCUGAACCCCCCAGCAGAGUGCAGCAUCAACCUUCCACCUCAUGGAUAUUGCUGCCUGGAGUGUGGGGACUCUUUCGCUGUCGAGAAGAGUCUGGCGUUUCAUUACAACAGGAGAAGUGUUCAGAUUGAAGUAGGGUGCACACACUGCGCAAAGAGCCUGGUGUUCUUUAACAGGUGUGCGCUGUUGGCACAUGCAAGGGAGCACAAAAACAGCGGCAGUGUGAUGCAGUGUACACAGCUCCAUCUGAAGCCCAUAUCAGAGGAGCAGAUGUUUGUACCUCUGAGCCAAGAGCAAGGCCCAAACACCUCUCAGUCACUCCCCCCAAUAAACGAACCCGUCAUGCCCUUACAUCCAGAUAAUGUCAUUCCACACAGACUCCGUUGUCUGGAGUGCAACAAGCAGGUGGCUGACUAUAAGGAACUGGCAGGUCAUUACCAGAAGAUAUCAGAAGAUGUGGAAGGGCUGAUUUGUAAGGUAUGCUCAAUGUUGCUACCCAACAAGUGUAGCUUCAGAGCUCACCAGCGCCUCCACGCCCACAAAUCGCCCUACUGCUGUCCUGAGUGCGGUGCCCUGAGUCGUUCUGCUGACAUACAGAAGCACGUCAAGGAAAACUGUCUGCAUUAUGCUCGCAAAGCUUGGUACAAAUGUCUUCACUGUGAUGUGGUUUUCAGAACCCUACAAGGACAGAAGUCUCACAUCGAAGAGAAACACUUAGAAGUCUUUUACAAAUGCUCCGUCUGUCCUGUCGCCUUUAAGACUUCUGACGGCUGUGAAGCACACUUGAAAAAUAAACAUAGAUCUAGUAAACAAACACCUCAGUUGGUUUUUAAGUGUUCCUGUAAGGCACUUUUCAAGAAAAAACACCUUUUUUUCCAACAUUUUCAUGAAAAUGCCAACAAGCGAGUCACGUGUGUGUUUAAGUGUCCAGAAUGCAACUCGGUCUUUCCACAAAAGCGGCUUUUAAUGCAACACUUUAAGGGUGUUCAUAUUGGAAACCUGACAGCAGAGAUGGAAAAGGACACUAAAGAAAUAGAGGGGACUGAUGGGUGCCCAGGGUCUCAUCCUGUCCAGCAGGAGAAGAGUCACGUUCCCCGUAAACUCAUCGAUAGCCCAAGAAAAAGGUCAGAGCAGGACGCCAAAUCUGCCGUUAAGCCUCGAGGAUGGACCUGCGGCGAGUGUCUGCAGUGGUUUGCUGAGCGAGAGGCCUACGUCUCUCACAUGAAAAACAGCCAUGGAAAAUCAGUGAGGAAAUAUCCAUGUCGCCACUGUGAGCAGUCGUUCAACUCUGCCACCAGUCUGAGGAGACACAUUCGCAGCGAACAUGACGGCAAAAGAAGAAUCUAUUCCUGUUGGUACUGCACAGAGCCGAAGACGACUUUCACAACAAGCGUGAUGUUGAAGAACCACAUAAGUCUCAUGCAUGGUAUUAAAAACCCAGAUCUGAGCCAGAUGCCCAAAUCGUCCAUCACAGAACCUAAAAACCCUUCAGGAAAGGGGAUAAUAUCAGCUGUGAGGAGCCUGCAGGCUGACAGCCAGGGUUGCAGUGAUCUCGCCGCUCCGUCCGCUAAACGUCUUAAAAUGCAGCACCGCUGCUCAAAGUGCGGCUUCGUCACACAGGACAGUACAGAGUUCCAGCAGCAUAUACCUCAGCAUAAAACGGAUGAAAACACUCCUCAGUGCCUUCACUGCGGCCUGUGUUUCACAUCCGUGUUUUCUCUUAAUAGACAUCUAUUUAUUGUGCACAAAGUCAAAGAUCCCAAGAUAAAUGAAGAAGAGGAGGAGGAGAGAAAUGAUGGAGAAACGGAUAAGGACGGUCGAUCGGAUAGAUCAGCAGCAGCUGAUCAGGUAAAUGACUUGAAAUCACUGCAGGAUGAAGAAUCAGAAAAUUCAAAGCACGUCAAGACUACAAACAGUCAUUUAAAAUCAAACACUCGCUCCCAGACAGAAGCAGCUUCUCUCCAUCAGUGAGGAUUACAUAUGCUCCAGAAAAGGCUGCUUUUUUGUCACGUCUUUUUUUUUUUUUUUUUUUUUUAUGGAGUCGAGCCAAAUUUGUGCUCCAGCGUCAGCUUGACGCAGGACCUGCGCCCUGUAACUCCCUUAAAGCUCGACGUGCACCUUUCCUGACAAAUAUCUCUACGCCGUAGCAACACGUAUUAACAACUGCUAUUGGUCCAGGUGGCGUGUGUUUACAUGGAUCAUUGCUUUGCUCACAAGUAACCCUAAUGUGGAUCAACAGCAUAAAAUGUAACAGGCUGUAACUGAGUCAGUUUGCUUACCAGUUUGGCUUUGUUUAUUUUAAGCUCCUAACUGCUCCACCAGUCUGUGCUAGUAUUCAUUUCAAUAGUUUUGCACAUUUUCUUCUAAUAUCUUUUCAGGUUUGCGUUUCAUUUCUUUUCUUUAGAGGGACUUUAUUUAUGUUGCUUUCCAUACCCUUCUUUUGUGCGUUUUUAUAAUAGAAUGCCUUCCUAGUUUGUCCACUUAAUUUCUUGUCCAUUGAAAGCUUAAAAAGUGCUCCACCCUUCUACACAUCGAUCUGAUGCUGAGGUAUUAAUUUGGCUCACAGGAAUUAGAUUAUAUUAAUGCAUGCGGUAUAAACAUUUGGGGCCUUUUUUAUGUUAUUUUAAAAAAUGCAGUAUAUUUAAGAAAAUGUUUUUUUUUAUAUGAAGGACAGUAUUGUCAUUUUUCACUCAAGCAAAUUUACUUUGCAUGUUAGUAACAUGUUAAUCUUUCACAUUCAUCUACCCUCAUCUUUAUUUCCUUUUAAAGUUUUUUAAAAGCUGAUCUGAACAGGGUCCUCAGGAAUAUAGUUUGGGUAUAAGUCAAGUGAUGAUGGUUUAUAUGAAGCUCUGAGUUUUCACCAACAGUUGUCUAGUUAUGAGCUUAAGUUUUAAAAGCCACAAGAAGGUUAGAUUUUUGUAUUCUAACAUUUUUUUUUACAAGACUUUAUAGUUUAAUAGUACUUUUAUUGCUGCAAUCACAUAUUUUUGAUAAAGAAGAAUAAUUCUUUAAGACCAUAAACAGGUGUACAUUAAAGCUUAUUAAAGUAAACUUGAUUAAUUACAGCAUUUUCAAGCAGCUAGAAAUCAGAAUGGAUAAUUCUACAUAAUGCAGUUCUAACUUAUCAGCAUUUCAAAUAUGAAAAAAAAAAUCACCCAUUUCCACUUUGAUUCAUUAAAUGCAUCAAAUAAUAACCACACUAUUUAGCUCCAGAAAAUAUAUCAACCAAUUGUAUGCAUUUUGAUGCACUUUUUUAGGUCACAUAAUUGUUAUCUAAUGGUUAAGGACACGUGCAUUCCUCAUCUACCUUUGUGUAAAUAAGGAUUAUCUUGUGAUUCAUUUAAUUUUUGAUCCAAACUACUCACUUAAUGGAGUAUUUGUUUCUCUUUCAUUUUCUGUUAUUGUUCCAAAAAAGAAAAAAAAAAAUCUAAAUUGUGAGGAUCAGUAUUGACCUGAUCGAUGCAUCAUAUUCAUCAUGUUGAAAUAUGUGGUUUUUCAUCCCAGAUUGUGUUUUGUUUUUUUUGUUUUUUAAGUGGGGGUGGUAUUUGUGUGUGUAAGGGUUGGACAUGGAGGCAUUACAGUUUUGCUGCGGAAGUAUUGAAAAUACCUCAAAAUCACCAGAAGUGUAAUUUUUCCAGCAAACAAAUGUGAUUGUUGUUUGGAAUCAGGGUACAUGAUUUAUGUGGUUUUGGAUAAUCCCGAAAAGAUGUUAGAGCGAACUUCGGCGGCGCAUCUAGGAUACUGUUUUAUAAAUCCCAACCUGGGGACACGAUGGGAUGCAGAAUCAUUUCAGGGGAUAAAAAACUCAUGGAUCAGUGGUUAUGAAGGAUGUUCAUCUGCAGGUUUUGAUUUGUGCGGCAGUACUUCUUGUUUUUGUGUCGUCCCCGUGACGGUUCCUACCUCUACAGGAAAUGGCAAUGAUUGUUAAAUGUCCACAGGCUUUGAGAGGUUGAAGUUAAAUCUCAGUGCAAUGUUAGCAGUUAUUUUAUAAAACUUGCAUUCUCCCAUGUUUUUAAAUGUUAUUAAUUAUUCUGGGAAUAUUUAGGUUUAAUGGUCAUAUUGACUUAAUAAACGAGUGAAUUUUUUUCUAUUAAAGUGCUCAGAAUCUCACUGCAGCAGGUUACCUGUUCACAACCUACCUUUUUAUAACAUUCUGUAAAACACAUUUGUAUUUUUGAUACAGCCUACAAAAAGGAAUUUUAAAAAAUGUAUAUAAUGAAACCUGGAAUCCACAGCAUCCUUUAAGCCAUUACAUCUGUUUAGCAUGCAGUGGCCUGCGUCCCUCACUGUUACGUUUACAGGAAUUACAAAUAAACAGGUGCAU